AAUUACAUUUCCCUCCUAAUUCCAAUUAAAAAUUAUCACGAUUAUAUAUAUAUAUAUAUAUAAGGUAACGCCUUCCACACUAACAUUAUCGUUCUACAAUCGUCGAAGCGUGCCGUUCCAUUCCCAAUUGCUUGACAGUUUUGUGAAGAAGCCUUUUUCUCUUUCGGAUUUUUGUUUACUGAAUCCGCGAGGGAAAUGUCCACUUCAUCCGAGUAUUCAGGGUUUUCCGGCCACCAGACCGCGAAGUCGCCGCCAGAGAAGUCUUCUUUCUCUCACACUUGUAGUCUGUUGAGCCAAUACCUCAAGGAGAAGGGUACCUUUGGAGACCUUACCCUCGGGAUGACUUGCACCGUCGAAACAAACGGUUCCCCUGAGACAUCAUGUCACUCUGCAACAACCAUGGAGUUGCUCCCCGCAGGCAUGGCAUCACGAAACCUGACAACUAUGGAUUUCCUCUCCUCACACAUUGCUUAUCCUCGCUACUCAGAGGUUCCAUCUAUGGUCAACUCAAGGUCUAUGCCGAAGGAUCCUAAAGCUUCUCAGUUGACUAUCUUUUAUGCUGGCCAAGUUGUGGUAUUUGAUGAUUUCCCUGCUGACAAAGUAGAGGAGAUAAUGUUAUUAGCCAGCAAAGGAACCCCCCAAAGCCAGAACUCCUCUGCAUAUGCUCUCUCUCAUACUCAGCCUUCAAUUAUUCCUAACAUCGUCCCCCAAGCACAAUCCAGCUCAAUUGUUUGUGAUCUGCCAAUUGCUAGGAAAGCUUCACUUCAUCGGUUCUUGGAGAAGAGGAAAGAUAGAAUUGCUGCUAAAGCGCCGUAUCAAACAAGCAAGCCCAUAUAUGCUCCUAGUAAGUCGGGUGAAUCCACGCCGUGGUUUGGUUUAGGUGCUAAAUCAACACAAAUCUGAGUGCAGUUACAUUUUUAAGUAGUCUUAACCAGUUUUUCUCUUUUAUUUUUUAUAUUUGAUCCCCUAGCUCCCUGUCGCUUUAGCUUUUCUGAUCAGAUAUGACUAUGGUAGAUCUAACAUUAGUCAUAUCAGAUCUUGGCUCUGAUUAUUAUGACUCGAAAUGUCUCUCUUGUAAUUAGUAUUUCAAACUCUUAAAUUCAUUAUUCUCAUUUC